AUGCAAGGCAAGAGAGAGAGGUCGAAGGGCAGACAUACAAGAGAAGACCUGUCCUGUGACGACUUGCUGUUUCUGCUCAGUAUUCUUGAAGGUGAACUACAGGCGAGAGAUGAGGUAAUUGCAAUUUUGAAAUCAGAGAAGACGGAUUCGUGUCUACUGGGGGCCCACUACGGUUUCAGUGGAGCCGUGAUGGCGCUCCGUGCCCUGCAGAGAGACUCCCUCCGGGCCCAGCAGGACCACUUGCAGGAUGUGUAUGGAAAACCAAUUGCUCAGCUCUGUCACUUGAUGGAGGCCCAGAAACGUUCCUCCAAACAGAUGAUGGAGCAGCUUCAGGAGGUGACCCGCUCUCGCAACGAGGCCCUACACAAGCUAGAAGAGCAAGAGAGCAGCCACAGGGCUUUUAUCCACAAGAGCAACUGCCUUGCCAGUCUAUUGGAGCAGGACAGAGAGAGACUCAAGCUUCUGAUUAUAAAGGAGAGAGAAUACCAGGACAUAAAGCAGGAGAAAAAGGAAAGAGAAGUAUCAAUUUUAAAAGAGGAGCUGACCAAGCUGAAGGCUUUUGCUCUGCUGGUUGUAAAGGAGCAACAGCGUCAGAGUGAGCGGCUGGAGGAGCAGAGACAUCAUAUCAAAGAACUGAGCGCUAUCACCGAUCAUAUCAAGGACGGGGUCAGCGCUGCUAAAACCAGUGCAAAGGUGGAGGAGGAACCCAAAUCCCUGUAUCUUGUCGUGGAGCACAACAAUCACUUUUCCGUCUCCCACCAAAGGCAGAACACCAUGACAGCCCCGAGUCUGCUGUCAGAGGUGGAGGUACUGAGGAGAAGGGUGGUGGAAAUGGAGGGGAAGGAUGAGGAGCUGAUACGCAUGGCGGACCAGUGUCGAGACCUGGACAACAGACUAGCAAAGGAGACCAGCCACUGCCGUAGCCUGAAGGUUGAGGUGGAUAAGCUCAACGGCAGAAUCAGUGAAUUGGACAGGAUAGAGGAGGCUUUGGGUAAAAGCAAACAGGACUGUAGUGGUCUGAGGAGCAGCUUGGAGCGAGAGAGAGAGGCUAGCAAGAUGCUGUCUGGCGAGCUCGACGCUCUGAGAGUCAGGGUGAGAGAGCUAGAGGCUGUUGAAGGCCGACUGGAAAAGAGUGAAAUGGUAAUCAGACAGGACCUGGGCAAGCUCAGGUCGCUCACAGUAGCUUUGGUGGAGGAAAGAAAGAGCAUGGCCGAGAGGCUCAGACAGGCUGAGGAAAAACUCAAUAGGAAGGAGGGCAAAAGAAAUGAGCAAGGUAAUUUGGCAACAAUAACAGAGAGACUGAGAGAGGAGAGGCAGCAGGCACUGAGGUCUAAGGCAGAUUUAGAAGAAAAGAUUAAGGGCAUAGGAAAGGAGAAGGAUGAGCUCCGAGACAGACUUAAAACAGAGGAGGAGAGAAACCGAGAGCUGCAGAGUAAAAUAACCAUAAUGAAGAAAAAGUUACAGAUAUUAGAAAAUAGGAGAGAAAAAGAGGAGAAGUACACAUACAGCUCUAUUCCCAACAACACUACCCAUCUCUGCCAAACUGAGGACAACAAAGUUAAAGAACUGACCCAGGAGCUUGAUAAGCUGCGAAAAAGACUUCAGGACAAGGAAGUGUUGGAAGCAGAGCUAAUGAAAGUGGAAGAGGACUUUGAGUCCCUGGAAAGGAGGUUCAAAGACGAACAGGGCAGGUGCCAAGCUCUAACAGAGGAGCUGGAUGUGUCAAGGAGGGAGCUCUCUAGGUACGAGCAGGCAGAAAAGCAAGAGGUCAACCAGGAGCACCUUCUCCUUUGCCGCCUUCAGAAGGAGCAGGUUAAAUCCAGACUCUUAACCAGAGAAGUAGAUACCUUGAAGGAAAAACUGCAGAAGCUGAUGGGAACAGAGGAGUCCAUCUGCAGAGUGCAGAUGGAUCAGUCCACACUGCAGAGAAAACUGACCCAGCAAGAAGCCAAGAACAAAGAGCUGGCCAGAGAGAUGAAGGAACUGACUAGUGAGCUAGAGCGGUAUAGACGAGUAAAGAAUCUGACACCUGGUGCCAACAACGACUUCUCAGAACACCAUCAGACUACCAAAGAGGUACAAACUGCACCUGCAGAGAGCCUGCUGCCUGACUACGGCGGGCACAGCGAGAAACUAGAUGAAGAAAAUGAUGACAAGGAUCCGAACCACAAUACAGAGGUCAUAAACAGAAGAAGCUCCCUUGUCAACAGCCUGAACAGCUUAAACAGUGCAAAUAACAACAUCAGCCAGUACAGCAGCCAUUCAGGUAUAGAUAUGCACCAAACAGGGAAUGGAGAAGUCAUGACGUUAACACACACACCAGGGCAGCCCUUGCACAUCAAAGUAACACCACAUCAUAUACUCAACACAGCCACACUCGAGAUUAGCAGCCCCACUGGAGACACAGCCACGUCUUACACCAGCACAGCUGUCAUCCCAACAACUGGAGCUUCACCUAAGCAGAGAAUCACCAUCAUCCAGAACUCAGGUUCACCUGCAGUUAAUCCUAAGAGCCCCUCUUCAAGCCCCGACCGCACCAUGUCCCCACUAAACGGAACACCCAUCUCUCGGGCGUUAAGCCCAAAUUCAUCACGCUCCGUUACGCCUGACCACAACAGCUCCCCCAUUCAGAUCGUAACAGUCAGGACCUGCUCUCCGGAGCCGGCAGAUGUUACAAAUCAGGCUAUCUUUUGCAACACCCCAGAGCCGCAGAACAGCUGGCAACAUCAAAAGUCCAACAGCGCCGACAGAAGUCCCAGUAUCAUCACAUCAGAAGAUAAUAAGAUCCAUAUCCAUCUGGGGAGCCCAUAUAUCCAGUCUCUGAAUGGCCACAGCAUCCCACAGCCUGUUGGGUCAUACUAUCUCCGACAUGAACAAAGGACUCAAGUGCUUGCAAAUGGCUGCCAUGUAAAAGGUGUUGGAAAGAUUACAAGUAGCAUCACUAUAUCCCCUGCUAACUCUCCUGCAUCACACUCCUCAAAUAUUACAGUAAGUGGCCUCUGUGAUUAGGUGAACAAAAUCUCAGUCUCAUUCCCUGACAAGAUUACAACACAUUUCCUCUAAGGAGAACCCUGAGACUGAUGUAUUUGGUAACAGAUGUAAAAUGAAUGCUUUGUGGACUCCAAGAAGAGCCUUUGUAAAAACCUACAUUGUUUAAUUAGUGUAUCUCUACAUUUACCGACUUUACCGUCCCUUUGCCUGUAUGACAUGUGUGCCUGUAGCUAAGUGAGACAUGAUGCAACCAAAUAUGUGAUGUACUUUCAUAAUUUUCAUAAGUUUCAUUCAUGUUUUUUUUCUUCUGUUCAUUAAAAGUGCUUUUGUUGUUAUUAUUU